CUCGUCUUCGAACCGAAACCAUAGUCAGGAUGAAGGCCCUCCUCCAGCUCUUCAUCCUGCUCUUCGCAGCCGUCACAGCGGGCGCAACAACCACCCCCAAUGCUACCACUCUCCUCGACAGUCUCCCCCCUUGUUCCAUCAAUUGCAUCGUCGAGGGCGUUACCAAGGACGGCUGCAGCCUCACCGACCUCGCCUGUGGAUGCUCCAAGAUCAACGAGCUUACCAAGAUCGUGUCGCCAUGCCUCGCCAAAGCAGGCUGCACGCUCGAACAGAUGACUCAAACAGCAUCAAAUGUCGCCCAAUUCUGCGAAUCCGCAGGCCUCCUUGUCAACGGCACAUCGAGUGAUGCGGAUCCGACCACGACCACAGCGGCAGUAGCGGCAGCCACAACCACGUCGGGCGCCGGCAGGAUUUCUGACGAGAUGGGUCUGGCCUUUGCUGCCGUUGGCGCUCUCUUGGGGACGGUGGUCUUGUAAGCGGACGAUCGAAUCGAGGGGUACUCUGGACAGGUUAGAAACGAGCAGGAAGAAUUGUACAUUGGAAGCUGGGAAUCAUAAUGAUGCUCUCAGGAGAGUCAUAUAUUGCUCAG